GUUUUGCAUGCUGGUGGAGGUUUGGGAGGCUCUCCAAGGUCUGUAACCCUCUAGGAACAACCUGAGCUGUAGAUCCACCCCAUGAGGUGAGCUCCUCAACAGCAGAGCUCUGCAGGGACCGUGAGAGUCCCUCUCUAAAUGUAGAGAGCAUCUGUGGGUCCAGCCUGUGCCAGACCCUGCAGGACACUCUGCCAUGGGGAAGAUGCCAUGGUGGAGCCCCCGGGAGGUCUGCACAGAGCACUGAGGUGGGAACCAUCGAGUGGCCCUCAUCACCCAGCCCAGGCAGCAUGUUCCCAGGUCAGGUUUCACCUGCCAGCACAGCUGAUGCUUCGGGGCUGUCCUGGUUGCCCAUGGAUGGGAGUGGGGAAAGCUGAGGAUGGAAGGGAUUGAGCAAUGGGCAAUCCCUGCCAAGGCUCCGUGUCCAGUGUGGGAAGUGCAGCUCCUUCCAUCCAGCCCUGCCCUCUCUCCACACGCUGUUUCUGGCUCUCAUUUCUUUGGCAGAAAAUUCACAUUCUCGUCCCCUCUCUCCUCCCCUCGGCUGUGGCAGCUCCUUCCUAUCACUUCCCUGCUUCUCCUCCUGCCUGUGGGCUGGAAGGGCGCUUGGAGCCUUUGAGGAGACGCUGCUGUGAACACCGUCAUCCCACAGGAAGAGCAGGGAGCUCCAGGAGCUGCUGGUGCUGCUGCGAGAGGACACGGAAGAGGUGUGUUUUCCAGAGGACUUUUGGCUCGGCCCCUGUGGCAGGCCCCAGCCCUGGGAUGCAGCCCAUGGCCCUGCAGAGCCUGUCUGAGCUGGAGAGAGCCAGUCUGCAGGAGCUGGCGCUGUUCCGGCUGCAGGGGAGGCUGCCCGUGGGACAUCUCCGUCUGGACAGAGAUGGCUCCAAAGGCAUCAAAUCCAUCCGGCAGAAGCUGGAGAGCUUCUCAAAGGAGAGGAAAGACUGCUCUCCCCACACCUUUGGGGUCCCGCUCCCCCAGGUCAUCGCCAACGACCGCGCCUGCCGGCAGCUGCAGGAGGCCGCGGGCAGGAGCCGGCGGCUCUGCCUCGAGGUGGAGGCCACGGUGACAAAGUUCCGGGCCCAGAGGCAGAGGAGGCUGGGAAUGGGCACCAGCUGCAUCCGAGCACCCGACGGGAGCUUUGCAGAGGAGCCGCUUUCCCCAGCUCUUCUGGACAAGAGCUCCUGGAGCCAGAGGAGGGGGGCCAUGUCUGUGGAUUCCAUCACAGACCUGAGUGACAACGCAUCCAAGCUGCUGGAGGCCCUGCAGCUCUCACACCCCCACGAGCUGGACCCACGCAGGAGCUGGGGCAAGAAGAAGCCGCUGAGCCUGAACCCCAUCACCUGGCAGGUGCCACGGAUUGUGGACAGGUGCUGCACACACCUUGAGACGCACGGGCUCCAAACUGUCGGCAUCUUCCGCGUCGGGAGCUCCAAGAAAAGAGUCCAGCAGCUGAGGGAAGAGUUUGAUCGAGGGCUGGAUGUUUUCUUGGAUGAGCAUCAAAGUGUUCAUGACGUGGCUGCCCUGCUCAAAGAGUUUCUUCGGGAUAUGCCUGAUUCCCUGAUUCCCAGAGAGCUCUAUGGAGCCUUCCUCAGCACAGCCACGCUGGAGGGGCAGGCACAGCUGGACACCCUGCAGCUGCUGCUGUUCCUGCUGCCCCCCUGCCACAGCGACACCCUGCUCCGGCUCCUGCGCUUCCUGGCUGAGGUGGCCCGGCAUGCUGAGAGCUCCUGGGACCCCGAGGGCCAAGAGAUCCCUGGGAAUAAAAUGACAGUGUCAAAUCUGGCUACAGUCUUUGGUCCCAACAUCUUGCAGAAGGAAAAGCCUGGAGAGAAAGAUGCUGGUGCCCUGAACUUUGAGGACAGUGCUGCCAUAAUCCUGGUGCUCCAGAGGCUGAUUGAGCACCACCACUCCCUGUUCAUGGUGUCUCCAGAAAUGCAGUGUGACGUACUGAGAAGGCUGUUCCAGACAGACCCCGAUGUCAUCGAGUACCUGCUGCGCAGGAAGUUCCCUGAUGCGCCGAGCCCAGAGCGUGAGGAUCCCAGGGUGGACCAUGCUCCGUCCGGACAGCUCGGUUGGACACACAGCCUCAAGCGAGGCUCAGUCUCCUCAGAGCUGUACAGCAACAUCUGCUUCCUAAACCUGGACGUUGGCAUCUAGCAAGCCCUGGCCAGGCCCUCUGGACAAAAUCAGGCAGCUUUUCCCAGAAAAACCGAGCCCUCGCCUCACUUUGGGGACAGCCCCUGUGCCUGUGCCCUGGGGCAGGGCUGUACGCAGGGAUCACCUGCCAGGCUGUCACCUCCCUGCAGGUCCAACCACUGCCAUGUCCUCAGCACAGCCCUCCCCUGCCACCUCCUUCCCACAGGACCUCGGGGAAUGGAUUUCCAUCCCUACACCUGCAGGCACUGGAGCAUCCCUGUUGGGAGGACAGGCUGAGGGAGCUGGGACUGCUCAGCUUGAAGAAGAGACAGCUCAGAGAGACCUUAUCCAUGUAUCCAAAUACUUUUGUAAGGACCUGCAGGGACAGGACAAAGGGAACAGCUUCCCACUGCCAGAGGGCAUGGCUAGAUGGGAUAUUCAAAGAAAUUCUUUCCCGUGAGGGCGGCGAGGCUCUGGCACAGCCAGGGACACCUUCCACUGCACCAGACUGCUCCAAGCCCCAUGCAGCCUGGCCUUCUGGCCUUGAAUAUUCCAGAGAUGGGGCAGCCACAGCAGGGCACUUUUGGGGAUAAAACUGUACUUCUGCAAACAAUAUUCCAUGUUCCACCACAGCCUGAACCCAGUCCCAGUCUGAAGGCACCCAGACCUUCUCAGGUGCCCUGCUCAGGGCCGGGCUCUUAUUUUGCAAAGGUCCCUUCCCUGCAGAUCGGUACAGUCAGGAUGGGUGGGGAAGCAUUUCCCAGAGGAGCCUGUGCUGUGAGAUAGCUGGUGAGACCCUCUGGGAGCUGAUAAGCUCCAGAGAGCAGCAGAGCUGUUUAUUCUGGAGGAACAGAUAAAUUUGCGACACCAUGAGGCUGUGGAGGGUUCCAGAGGCCACUGGAACACUCGAGUGUCAGCUGUGAAACCAACGCUCUGUCCAGCCAUGGCUCUGGGUGGAAUUGUACCUGCUGCAAGAGCAGCUCCCACCCUUUCAAAUUCCUCCCUAGGGUGGUAAAACACUGGCACAGAUUGUCCAGAGCAGCUGUGGAUGCCCCUGGAUCCCUGGAAAUGUCCAAGGCCAGGUUGAAUGGGGCUUGGAGCAGCCUGGGACAGUAGAAGGUGUCCCUGCCCAUGGCAGAGGGUGGAACGGGAUGAGCUUCAAGGUGCCUUCCCACCCAAACCCUUCUGUGAUUCCAUCAUUCUAGAAUGUGAUAGGGAUGCUGACAUAGAAGGCAGCUCUUUGCAGGAAAAGUCUUGUUGGAUUUCACUUUCCCAGCACCAUACUGGGGGCAUGGGGAGCUCACUGGGAAGUGCCAGCUUUCUCUGGCUACUACAGAGCCAUAAAAGUCACCAUCGGGUGUUAAUCCCUGGCAGUGUUGAUGGGAUUUUGUUGGAAACUCCGCUUGAGGGCAGCCUGGCACCGGCCUGGCCACGGCCUCCUCUGGCUGCACAGAGACUCUGCCUCCCACGGGAGCAGCCCUGGUGCUGCUGGAGCACAUGGGUCUGGUUUGGAGCUCUUCUAUUCCAGCCUCACUAAAUAAACCCCCUCCCCCGUCAGCUGCAAAGCUCAUUCAUGGCGCCUUGGCGUUGCUCUGGACCUGCUCUGCAGGGGCUGGCUGCCUUUUGUCACACUCCAGGUUCUGUUCUCAUGGGCCCUUUGCCCCUGCAAGCCUUGGGAGUCACCUCAGAAACCAUCGGGAAGGUUCUGUCUUGAUCCUUCUGAUCCCCAGUGUUUGUUGGGGGUGUCUGCUUGAGAGGGGGUGGUUGCUUUUUGGGGCAGUGGUGGCUGUUGGGGGGUGGUG